UCAAUUUGAAGCCUGGAAAAGGAACUGUACAAAAGAUGAAAGGAACUUGAGCAUUGGAAGCUCAGUGAUUAAAACGUUGGACUACUGAUGGGAAGGUUGUGAGUUCAAAUCCCAGCACUGGCAAGCUACCACUGCUAGGACCUCGAGAAAGGCCCUGAACCCUCAACUGCUCAGUUGUAUUAAAAAAAAGAGAGAUGAAUGUAAGUCGCUCUGGAUAAGGGUGUCUUUAAAUUCUAUCCUAUGGGAAUUCCUAUAUUUUCUCAGUAUACAGAGUCUGGUUAAUCUGACUAAGGAUGCUCAGCUGAAUUCGACUAUGAAGUCCAAUUUCGGGCAAUGACAUCUGUUCUGUAUUCUUUGUCUGUGUCUACAGAUCAGGUGAUGGUGUCUUGGGAUUUGUCUCCCUGCUGCAGAACGAGUUAGGACAAGUCUGGAUCCUCCUCUAGCUUGCUGCACUCUGCAGUGUACAUAGAGCAGGGUGGCCUGUGCCCGUGGUUUCCACUCAGCAGUUCAUCCUGGGUUAAGCAGCUCAGGUGUGCCCCAGGGAGGGCAGAGAGGCCAUGGAGGUUCCUCUGGUAAACUUUGAGAACCUGGAAGAUAUCGGAAUUAACCUGGGAGACCCAAGUGACUCAGGAUAUCCAGCUUCACCCACUUCAGAGACACCAGAGCAGAACCAGCUGACCCAUGGUCUGGAUUCACCGACGCAUUCACCGCAAAGACAUAGGAGGCCAGGAAACACAACAACCUCUCCCACAACACUCACUAAGAAAGGGACCUCAAGUUGCAACAGUCUCAUCUCUAACUGGAAGGUACUUAUGAACAGUGAAGGCAGUCCCUGUGAGGCUCUCCUAGGCAAGGUGGCUAAAGACUAUUGUGAUGACUUGUUUGCAGAAAAGCAGAACCUUGAAGAAGGUGACCAAAGGGUAGUCAUCAAUGUCUCAGGAAUGAUGUAUGAGACAACACUUAAAACUCUGAACCAGUUCCCUGAUACUCUCCUUGGGGAUCCUAAGAAGAGGAUUGACUAUUUUGACCCCAUGAAGAAUGAGUAUUUUUUUGACCGCAAUCGUCCAAGCUUUGAUGGAAUCCUGUACUUCUAUCAGUCCGGUGGUAAGAUCCGCAGACCAGCAAAUGUACCACUGGAUGUUUUUGCUGAUGAGAUUGUCUUCUACAGGCUGGGCCAUGAAGUGAUGGAGCAGUUUAGGCAGGAUGAAGGUUUCAUCAAAGAUCCUGAACCUCAGUUGCCGAAAAGCGAGCUUCACCGUCAGUUCUGGCUCUUAUUUGAGUACCCAGAGAGUUCUAGUGCCGCCAGAUCUGUGGCUGUAGUGUCUGUUCUUGUCAUUACUAUCUCCAUUUGUAUCUUUUGUCUAGAGACUCUCCCAGAAUUCCGCGAUGACCAUGAAUUCCCCCAUAAAGUUGUUAACUUAACCCAUGAUGCUAACAGAACACUUCUGUCCCCAAGCCCUCCUCCCAAAAGCCUGGAAUCUACCUUUACAGAUCCCUUCUUUAUGGUAGAAACUAUAUGUAUAAUUUGGUUCUGCUUUGAGCUAGGAGUGCGCUUUGUUGUGUGCCCUAGCAAGAGUGAGUUUUUCGGCAACAUCAUGAAUGUGAUUGAUAUUGUUUCCAUCAUGCCGUACUUCAUCACUGUAAUCACAGAGCUCAUGGCCACUCAUGACUCAGCGGCUAAUCAGAACAUGUCUCUGGCCACUUUACGUGUCAUCAGACUUGUGAGAGUAUUCAGGAUCUUCAAACUCUCCCGUCAUUCCAAGGGGCUGCAGAUUCUGGGACAAACCCUAAAGGCCAGUAUGAGGGAGCUUGGAUUGCUCAUCUUUUUCCUCUUCAUUGGAGUCAUCCUUUUCUCCAGUGCCAUUUAUUUUGCUGAGGUUGAUGAACCUGAAACACAAUUUGUGAGCAUCCCAGAGGGGUUCUGGUGGGCUGUGGUCACCAUGACAACAGUUGGCUAUGGUGACAUGUGCCCAAUAACCUUGGGGGGUAAGAUGGUGGGAAUCCUCUGUGCCAUCGCUGGAGUGCUGACAAUUGCUCUGCCUGUUCCUGUCAUUGUUUCUAACUUCAACUAUUUCUACCAUCGUGAAACAGAGCAGGCAGAGAAGCGUGUGAUGGAUGCAGCUGCAGAGGCUGCUGCAAAUCAGAAUACUGAUGAGAAAUAUGAUAGUAACUAUUCUCUGGACAAAAGCAAUGGGAACUGGCAGACUGAAAAAAAUGGCAUUCCUUGAAAAAUGUUGUGCUGCUAAAACCAGCUUUAAUAGCGAUAAAAUGACUGAACAACAAUGUACUUAGAAAAUAUAAUUUUGGAUUAACUAUUAUGUACUUAAUGCAACAUAUAAAUGAACAGUACUUUUGUUGUAAGUGCGGUCAUAUCAAGAAACUUAGGAAAUGAUGUAGAGCAGGCUAACGGCUGCUGAAAACACCUCAGAACCAUGGCUGUGCUUUUCCCUACAACCUCUUCAGUCAAUCUGCCUAGUAAAGUGCCAGUGGGGCAAUUACAAAGGCUGAUUAAGGACAUUUACCCUUUAAUGCAUUCAAAGCAGCUUAUCAGCAGUAGAGAGUAAUUA